AUAAUCUGUCGAGCGAUGGUUAUGACUUUUAUUCAGCGGAACGUAUUACCGUUCACCUUAAAAAGCAAUCUUAAGAUUUUCUCUUGAGGUUUCUUUUAUUUUGUUCCCUUAUUUGCAACAUUCAUUAAGAUGACAGACCAAUGCCCUGACAAAUUCACUAAAGAAAAAUUCUAACGUCAAUAAUAAAUAACAGUGAAAUUUCUUAUUUAAGAUUGUACCAUUAUUCAUCACUUUCGACUGAUUUGUUAAAUUUAAUGAUAAUUAGGCAUGUGCAGACAGUGUAACGUUGUUUGGUGAAAGUGACACAGUUCGCGAUGGCUUUAGGUGGAUGUUCGAGCGGUUUGCUUGUAACCGCACUGCUGGCCCUGGUUCUAUUGCCGGCUCAAUAUUAUGUGCCCGAAUAUUACUUGGGAGUGGAUGUUCCAUUGCCGAUCGAGAAAGUGGCGCCCCCUAACGGUUUCAUCGUCUGGUUGGAUAAAGCGUUUGUACAUUUUCCGCCCUUGGAUCUUUUCUUUACGUUAUCCCUGUUGAUUUUGGCUAUUGUCACUUAUCUGUACGAGUGGAUACAGAGGAAACUUAUGGAGAGGAGGAUUGCAAAGUUAAACAAUUACCUGGUUGCCAGCGUGGAGCGGCUCCGGGUGUGGGACGCGCAACAGGAACAGUUGGAGACCACUCUGAAGAUGGUACAGAAUGCCACGUCCGAAUACAAUCUACUUUUAUAUUUGUUGUUGCGUCAGCAUCGGUGUCUCGCCACCGGCAACAACGGGCCGCCUUCCAACUGCUUCUUCGACAAAACAGUUGAUGAUGACCUUAGUUUUUUGAGAAAUCCUAUUGAAACGUGAUCUGAGCGAUCGUUUUGUGCUAAAAUAUAAAUAACAGAAGUUUUCAAAUUA